GCACUUGGCAGUUUUCUUUCUCUCUUUUCAUUCGUAGCUUUCAACCGUUACGUUCCUAUGUCAAUUUUCAUGCUUUCAUUUUCACUUUGUGUUUUUUUUCUUGUUUUAGUUUUACACUGAUUCUUAAUAAAUGCCCUUCUUUGCUUUCUCAUUGUUUUUAUAAUGUAAUUUUGGGUUUCAGAGGGAAAUGGGAUUUCUGGGGAGUUUACUAGGAAUCAUUGGAUUUGGAAUUGGAAUCCCACUUGGUCUUUUACUGGGUUUUUUACUAUUCAUUUAUGUCGAGCCUGGUGAUGUUAAGGAACCAAUUAGUAGACCAAUUCAUGAGUUUGACACAAACUCUUUGCUUGAUAUUUUGCCUGAGAUUCCCUUGUGGGUGAAGCAUCCUGAUUAUGAUCGAAUUGACUGGUUGAACAAGUUGCUGUCUGAUAUGUGGCCUUACCUUGAUAAGGCAAUAUGUGGUGUUAUAAAAAGCACGGCAGAGCCUGUAUUUGCGGAGUGCAUUGGCAAGUUUAAGUUAAAGUCAGUAGAGUUUAAGAACCUGAGUCUUGGAACUAUCCCCCCUUCAAUUCAUGGUAUCAAAGUGCAUGAAACUAACGAGAAUGAACUAGUAUUUGAGCCUGCAGUUAGAUGGGCUGGAAAUCCCAACAUAACUCUGGUGUUGAAAUUAUUGUCACUUCAGAUUACGGUGCAGCUGGUGGAUGUACAAUUAUUUGCAGCGCCCCGCAUAAUUUUGAAACCUCUGGUGCCAACAUUCCCAUGUUUUGCGAGCAUAGCAGUGUCUUUGAUGGAGAAGCCACACUUAGACUUUGGACUGAAUUUACUGGGAGGGGAUGUUAUGGCGAUUCCUGGUGUAUAUCAAUAUGUUCAGGAUACCAUAAAAAAACAAGUUGCAAGCCUCUACCUCUGGCCCCAAACUUUUGAAAUACCAAUUCUUGAUGGUUCAGUAGGGUCUACGAAGAAGCCUGUUGGCAUACUACACGUGAAAGUUGUGCGUGCAAUCAAACUCUUGAAGAUGGACUUAUUGGGAGCAUCUGAUCCUUAUGUUAAACUCAGCCUAAGUGGAGAUAAGCUUCCAGCAAAGAAAACUUCUAUAAAGAUGAAGAACCUGAACCCUGAGUGGAAUGAGGACUACAAGCUUACAGUAAAGGACCCAGAGUCUCAAGUUCUUCAGUUACAUGUCUAUGACUGGGAGAAGGUGGGGACACAUGACAAGUUGGGAAUGCAAAUAGUUCCACUGAGGUUGCUUACCCAACAUGAGACUAAAGAAUUUACACUUAAUUUGGUCAAGAACACAAACCCCAAUGAUCCUCACAACAAGAAAUGGAGAGGGAAACUUGUGGUGGAGUUAACAUUUAAGCCUUUUAUAGAUGACAGUGAACUAUUUAGUGGAUCAUUGCAUGGAUCUGGGAAAAGAGAAGACAUGGUUGGAAAAGGAUCAGAAGAUGUGUCCUUGAAUAGAGCUGGCUUACUUCUUGUUUUGCUUCAAGGCGCUGAAGAUGUUGAGGGGAGUCAUCACAACAACCCUUAUGCUGUAGUCAAUUUUGGAGGAGAACAGAAGAAAACCAAGACGAUCAAGAAAACCCGGGAUCCGUGUUGGAACGAAGAGUUCCAAUUUGUGCUAGAAGAGGCUCCUUUAAAGGAGAAGAUCCGCAUUGAAGUCAUGAGCAGGCGGACAGGCUUUAGUUUCCGACGAAAGGAAUCAUUAGGAUAUGUGGAUAUCAAUCUAAAUGAUGUAGUACACAACGGACGUAUCAAUGAGAAGUACAAUCUGAUCAAUUCAAGAAAUGGAGUCUUACAUGUUGAAAUACGUUGGAAGGUGAUUUGAGACGUGCCACCAACACUUUAUACUUCACUACUUUUAGAGUCUUACAUUCUUUUGGUUAUAUUUUAUACAAGCAUAUUCUUUUGUAUCACAUUAUGGAGUACACAAAGUCAAAAUAAUGGAAAAAAGAACAAACAAAUCUGUAUUUUAUUUAGUCCUAUUUCUUGUUAAUCUUUAUUCUUGUAUAACACCUAUAGAAAGGUGUUGAUUUUUGUAAUUUGAUACCCUGUAAUUUCAUUGUUUUAA